AUGAAGCGCUGCGUCUCCACUAUUAUAGCUUUUUUAGUGCAUAUACUCCAUUCAACAGAAGCAAACUCUCUAGAAGUUUCCUACGAAGGCGGCCCUGCUCCUGCUUCUGCUGCCUUUGCUGCAGAUCCCGCAGCAGCAGCAGCAGGAGCGGCAGCACAAGAAGCAUACCGCCUGCCAGACCGCGUCGUUGCACGCUUUACCCUUGGAGACAACCAGCACUAUGAGUUGCCUAUACACCUGGGCCCCAAGGAAGAUGGAGAAGGGGCCCAGAAGAAGGGCCACCUUAGGGGAUCUGCUACAGGGUUUGCUGCUGGCAUCCUCUGUAUGGUGCUGCUGACGGUCUUUCGUGACAUCGUAGCAGCAGCAAGGCACCAGCAGGAAAGGAAGCAUCAGAGGAGGGAAGCAAAGGCUCUAGAGACUCAGAGAAUGGUUGCUCUUGCUGCUAUGAGGCAGGCAGCAGAGCUGCUUCUGCAGCACGAGAAGCAGAUGCACCAGCAGCACGAAAAGCAGCUGCAGCAGCAGCAGAGGCAGCAAAUGCUGGCAGCAGCAGCAGGACUUGAGGAAAACUUAAUUUUAUUACAAGAUGACUUCCCCAAUACAACAGCAGCAGGGGGAGAACUAGUUAUCCAGCUGCUGCAUGCAGCAGGUGCGCUGAGUAGCGAGCAGGUGCAGCAGCGACAGCAGCGACUGAAGCAGCAGCGAAUGGAGCAGCAGCAGCAGGAGAAAGAGCAGCAGGAGAAAAAGGACAAGAGGCCACCCUCAGUUAGAGGACUGCAUAGUCUUAAUACAAAAUCCAUAGAAUCCAUCACAUCAACAAGCAGGAGCCGCGGCCCUUAUUUUAGUACCAUGAACAGCAGCAGCAGCAACAGCAGCAGCAGAAGCAACAGCAGCAGCAGCAGCAACAGCAGCAAGACCCCCUUUGCUGCCUUCUUGGAGCAAAGAGACCAGACCACUGGUCAGUGGGACCCAUUGAAUACUGUUGAUACCCAAGACGAUUCAUGGGGUACCCUCCUAGAUAAGCCUGCAGACCCUCUAGAGGACUUGGUAGCAAUGGGGGGCCCCAUGGGGGCCCCCCAAUUCCCCCAUCUAGAGGACCUUGCAGGUCUUCUAUCAGAGAAUAGAAACCUUAACAGCAAAGAUGCAUUUGCCAUUCUUCGAGCAAUAGGUCGGUACCCAAAGGACUCCACAUCCGAGGGGCCCCAAGAGGGGGCCCCUAAGGGGCCUUAA